GCGAGACAAAGACGCAAGAGGCACGGCAACGAGGAGAGAAGAGAAGAAGAAUAAUCUCUCCCUGCCUUGCUGUAGAUAAGAACUAGGUGCAAAGAAGGCCAAGCGCUGACCCCUUUUUCCCGGACGGAUUGGAUUCUCUUGUCUGUUGCUCCUGCUCGUGCCUCAGACUCCAUAUUAAUCUAUAUGUAGCUAUAUAUAUCGACAUCGACAUGUUGCUGUAGAAGGCAUGUGUAUCGAUGAUCCUCUACAGAUGCACGGCUUCACCACUUUUCUCAGGUUCGCAGAUCGCAACACCAAGAUCCGCGGGAUGGUCAGUGACCAUGGAUCUAUCAACCGUUUCUCUCAAGAGUCAAGACUCUUCUCCCUCUUUGCUCUUCCUCCACCCCACCUUCCAAGGGGAAGAUGGGACCCGACAAACCAGUUACCAGAAUAUGAAGCAACCCACCCCAAACCAGAGCACAACCACCAUAUGGUUAAUGGCAUAAGCACACUCGCAAUAAUAAUCACAACCACAACCACAAUCAAAAACCAACACCGACGGCCCCAUCUCCGCCUCCCCGCUCCAGUUCCAACCAAUCGCCGCCCCUCCGCCCUUCUCCCAGCUUCCUCUUUGUUAUGCAAGUGCCGCCCGGGUUGUUACUCCUCCCCUCAAACCAAACCCAAAGCAAACCCAAAGCACAACCACUCUCCUCCAGCUCCAGACCCUCCUCCAGGCUCUCCCGCUCUCACUCUCGCUUCCCGCCCCAGCACAUGGAUAGAUAGGGCCGGCCGUGACCUUCCCGAUGCGGACCAUGGCCGAACGCCUGCCGAUCGCUCGUCCUUCGCGCCCCCCGCCAGACCCGAGCUUGCCUGAGAGAUGCGUGAUCGUCGUGUUGGUUGCUGUGGCUUUUUCAUCACCCUUUGCCCUUUUUUUCUCUCCUCUUACCAUUAUUGAAUAGUCGUAGCGUGGGGUCUUU